CCGCCAUUGUUUCCGGGUGACGGGCGGAGUUUUGCUGCCGGGGUCACGUCGGCGACGGAAAGUGGCGGGGAGAUGCCGGAGAUUGGGAUCCGACAUGUGGCGUCCGCGAGCAGCUCCGACCCGACUCACUGUGCUGAGAACCUGCUCAAAGCGGACACCUAUCGCAAGUGGAAAGCUGCCCAGGCUGGAGAGAAACAAAUCUCUGUCAUAUUACAGUUUGAAAAAGAGGAGCAGAUUCACAGCAUCGAUAUUGGCAAUGAAGGCUCUGCAUUUGUGGAAGUCUUGGCUGGGAGCUCUGCGUCUUCCAUUGAGCAAAACUAUGAGGUUUUGCUGGUCACGUCCUCCUUUAUGUCCCCCUCAGAGAGCAAGAAUGGAACCAACCUGAACAGGGUCCGUAUGUUUGGACCCGAUAAGCUUGUGAAGGCCACAGCUGAAAGGAAGUGGGACCGGGUGAAAAUUGUUUGUACUCAGCCCUAUACCAAGUCCAUAGCUUACGGCCUUUCCUUUGUGAGGUUCCACUCGCCUCCAGACAACAAUGAGAUUCAUUCCAAAACAAGUUCACCAAAGGUCACCAAGUUGGGCCAGUUCAAGGUGAAGGACGAUGACAGCAACUCCAGCUCUUUGAAACCCGGUGCUUUGUUCUUCAGCCGUGCCAGCAAACCUUUGGCCUCCGCACCUAAAGCCCUUCAGAAUGACCAGUCCUCACCCAGUUAUGCUGCUGCUUCACUGCAAACCAGCAUGUCCAGUUCCCCUGACCCUUUGCCAUCAGCUGCAGAAAAACCCGCUCCCAAAAUCUCUCCCAAGGACCCUACGCCUGUCAAGAGGAAGUAUGAGUUAAGCAAGGAAAAUACCAGUGUCUCAUCUGUGGCCAAGAAAUCAGACCCUGAUACACCCCGCCCUAUGAAUCCACCCUCCAAGAAACACAAAGCUUCCCCAUCAGCACCAGCUUCCCAAAAGACACCACCUUCCAAAAAGCCCCCACAAACACAAACUUCAGAAGGGACAGCAAAUGGCUCUUUCCAGCAUCUCCUUCAGGGCACCGUGUUUGUGUUGAGUGGAUUCCAGAACCCCUUCCGCUCAGAGCUGCGGGACAAGGCCCUUGAGAUGGGGGCCAAAUACCGGCCGGACUGGACUCCUGACAGCACUCAUCUCAUCUGUGCCUUUGCCAACACCCCUAAAUACAGCCAGGUGAAGGGACUUGGGGGUAUCAUUGUGCGCAAGGAGUGGAUCCUGGAUUGUUACCACACACGGCGAUGCCUGCCCUGCAAACGCUACCUGAUGGUCAGCUCUGAAUCCUCCAGCAGUGAGCAGGAAGAUGAGAGUGAUGAAGAAGAAGUCUCUGUCCGACACCAGAAGCCUCUUAAACAUCAGCAGAAAGCUAACCUUCCCAGCUCCAACCACAAGGCCAAAGCCCCUACCAGCCCUAAAGUAACCCUGACAGCAGCAAGAAGAGAGCCCCCUGAAAAGGAGGAAGAGCCCAGCACCUCUCAGAAUAGCAGCAUCCAUAACAAUUCACGGGUUUCAGCAGUCGACUCUGCAGCAUCUACUGAUGAUGAAGACCCCACAGGUGUUCAAGGCAAUGGAGAUGAGGAGUCUGGUGAUACUGAUGAUGAGCUGAGGAGAGUGGAAGAGGAGCAUCGCAAAAAGCAACAAGGAGGGCGGAGGGCAGAACCAGAUGACGAUCCAUAUGCUGGCUCCACAGAUGAGAACACAGAUGUUGAAGAAAAGGAGGAGCCAGAUCAACCUAUUCCAGAGUUGCCUGAUUUAUUUGAGGGCAAACACUUCUUCCUUUACGGUGAAUUCCCAUCUAAUGAGCGACGCCUCCUGAACCGCUACAUCAUAGCUUUUAAUGGGGAAGUGGAGGACUACAUGAACGAGCGAGUGAAUUACGUGAUCACGGCUCAAGAGUGGGAUGACACUUUUGAGGAGGCUCUGAACGAAAAUGCCAACCUGUCUUUUGUGCGUCCCCGCUGGAUCUACAACUGCAACGAGAGGCAGAAACUGAUCCCUCACCAGCCGUAUGUUGUGGUGCCACGAUUGUAGGAGGCCUUCUUGCAGGCUUUUGUGUAUCUUGCAUUCUCCCACUGGAGUAAACUAUCCUCCUUCCUUUGGACCACUUGGCCUCCAAACCACACCUAAUUCUUGUCAGAGGGUUCCAACCUGUUUUGAAGGCCUUCUUCAACGUAGCAGCAUCUUUAAACAGCUAUCUCAGGCUGCAUCAGAGGGAAAUUUGUUUUGGAAAGCAAUUCCUGUCCUGGAGAAUUAGGGUCAAGAGCUCCAUGGCCUUACUAUGUAUUGCUCCGGAUUGGGCCUAGUAUGAAUUCCGUGGCUUUGGAAGGUGGAAUGAUAAGCGCAUCAGUUUCAGGGACCAGGACUGAACUGAGAAAGGGAGAUGUAUUAACACACACAUAUUUCACACUUCCGUGAUUUGUUGUUUUGGGAUCUUCUCUUCAUUCUUGUAUUUACAUUUUUCUUUUUGUUUCUUAUCCCUAUCCUCUCUAUUCCCACUCAACCGUUUCAUAGGAGACUUGACAUGUCCUUGCUGAAUGUGUUUCCUUGUGGAAUUUGAUUCCGUAAUAUUUGAAACACCUAGAACUGUGUGUUUUCUCUCCUGUUUUGUUGGAUUGUACAUGGUUUUAUAAGAUCUGAUAUCUCUCCUACUUAGGCAGUGAAGACUGGAUCACCUUACAUUUUUGUAAAAACAAUAUUUGCUGCUUCCAUUAGGGUGCGCUGCUGAAUUUGAACACGUCCAUAUGUAUGCCUAGCCGAGUCUGUCUUUAAUAUUCAGAAAUUUACUUCCUUCUGCGUGCAUUUGUUAACUUCUGUUUUACCUCUCUGCAGAACACUUAAACACAAUAAUAGCCUAACUAAUCAGCAGCCAACAUCCAAUACUGGCUGGUAUUUUUCAAAUUCCACAUUUUAGUUCAUGUACCUCUAAGUUGUAUGCAUAUGUUCAGUUCUGUAUAUCUCCCAUUAAAGGUAUGAUAGGUAAGUGGGCAUUCUUCAGUAGCCAAGCUAAAGAGUGUGCUUGGCCCAAAUGCCAAGCUCUUUUUAAUGCCAAAAGUUCUCUCACUGACACAACACAUUGGAAACAUUUGUUUCAAGAAACCAUGCUGUAUUAAGAUUGCACAUCAGUGGCUGUGGUCAAAACCCAUUUCCACAAUUGUUCUGUGGGUGCAGAUGGAAGCUGAGGUGACAUGCCAUUCACAUCUUAAAAUAUAUCGCUGGUUAUUUCUAGGCGUGCAGAAGUCCAUCAUGAAAUAUAGUCCUGGUAUUGGGAAUAUUCAGAUUUGGGACACAAGAUUUUCAUGAAUGAAUCCACAUUGUUAUAGAUAGAUCAGUUUCAGCAAGGUGUUAAUCGGUUUGGCAUGCCUCUCUAAACUUCACUGCAGCAAACCAGUAAAAAAACAAAUCCCCUACUAGCUCAGCCUCCCUAAAAAUACUUGUAUAGGUGCUACAACCUCCUUCCCUGCUUGUCCAAGUUCAUGCUCCUUCUUCCCUCCGGCUGUGAACUGGACUGAGAGGCUUUGAAUAAUCUACCUCGUUUUUACAGCUCAUUCUUGCCCUAGGUGUUGCUCUCAGUAUUGGGCAUCACGUCCAGAAGUCUUCUCCUGUUUUCGUGUACCGAACAGAUGAGUCAGGGGAGCUUUCCAUCUUUGAAAAGAUACUGAAAGUGUCAGCCACAGCUUUCCUAGAGAGCAACUCUUGCUCCUUGCAGUAGUGACCUGAUCCCAGAUUAUCUGCUUCCCUGUUGCUAGGAUAAGCAGAUAACCUGAAAUCAUAUCCUGGGAUGUAGGGAAGUAUAGAUCCAGCCUAAAAUCCAGUUGGAUGCAUUAAACUGCAUUAUAUGGCAGUAUACCAGACAUAAGCAAACUUCAGCCAUGCAGGUGUUUUGGACUCCAACUCCCACAAUUCCUAACAGUCCAAAACACCUCCGGGGCCAAAGUUUGCCUGUGCCUGAUCUAUAGUGUUGUCUUCAUCCCAGCUCUGCAAAAGGUUGCUUUAAGGUGCCAGAUUUCAACCUUGAGAUUUCUCUCCCCAUCCUUAAUGUUGACGCUGAUGCUGGGAGUACUGUCCAGAAAUGCUUCCAACCUGUGUCAGUUCUAACAAAUUUGUCCUUGAACAAAUCAAAUUAGUGAGGGAAAAACAAGAACUUAUUUUAUUUCCAGCUGUUAGCAGUAAGGUAUAAUGCAGAGGACCCCCAGCUUCAGUCAGAUGCCUCUAUGGCAUGAAAAAUCAUUUUUCUCAAGCAUUAGCAUUCUUCAACUGGGAAAUGUUACACCUCCCUGCCUAGGUGCUACUGAAGGAGUAUAUUCCUACGUGGAAAGUGUCAACAGGUAAAAUUUCUCAACGGGAUGUAAUUACCAUUUGGAGAGACAGGGAGAAAUGGCGUAGAAGUUUAAACCAGGUUUGUAUUGCAGUUCUUGUGCUCCAUGACUUAAGGGCUUUGGUUUUUUACAAGUUAUCAUUGUUAGCACCCAGCACCUCAGAAGUGGUGACAAAAUACCUUCCGGGAUGUAUCUAUGUCUCUUCCUUUCCCAAACCCCAGCAAUAGGGUUUGUUGUGUUUUUUAAAAAUAAAACAAAAUCUGAGA